ACUCGUGCGAGAUUUAGGGCAGCGUUUGUUUCUGCGGGAUUUUGCGACAUCUCGCUCCGUGACUGUGUGGAUGAAGGUAGCUGACCUCGCUCCUCUUCUGGGAGUGUCUUUUAGUUAUACUGUUGCAUCGAUGCUCUGAACAUCGAAAAUGCACAAUCUCCGUGCGCCUCAUUCCUUCCAGGUUUUGGUAAAAUCAACAAUCUUUGGCUCCAAUGAGCAUGGUUUUGUUACAUUCAAGCCUCUCUCCUCUCCUUCUAGAAAAUCUUCACUUUCUAUUCAAUGUGCGGUUCAAUUCCGCCCCUGCAUCGAUAUACACAAGGGGAAAGUGAAGCAAAUUGUUGGAUCCACCCUUCAAGAUUUGAAAGGGGAUGAUGGGUCAGAUCCUGUGACCAAUUUUGAGUCUGAUAAGUCAGCUGCUGAGUAUGCCAGACUUUACAAACGAGAUGGACUUACUGGUGGUCAUGUUAUUAUGCUUGGCGCAGAUCCUUUGAGCAAAGCUGCUGCCUUUGAAGCAUUGCAUGCUUAUCCCGGCGGUCUGCAAGUUGGAGGGGGAAUAAAUUCUGACAAUUGCUUUAGUUACAUUGAGGAAGGAGCAAGCCAUGUCAUUGUCACAUCUUAUGUAUUCAAUAAUGGACAAAUGGAUCUUGGAAGGCUAAAGGAACUUGUUCGAAUUGUUGGAAAAGAGAGGCUUGUGUUGGAUCUCAGUUGCAGAAAAAAGGAUGGUAAAUAUGCUAUUGUCACUGAUAGAUGGCAGAAGUUCAGUGAUGUGUUUCUUGAUGCUGAAGUAAUGCAAUUUCUUGCCAACUUUGCUGAUGAAUUUCUGGUUCAUGGUGUUGAUGUUGAAGGGAAGAAGUUGGGAAUUGAUGAAGAGCUUGUGGCUUUGCUUGGCAAACAUUCACCGAUUCCUGUUACUUAUGCUGGCGGUGUGACUGUAAUGGCUGAUCUUGAGAGGAUAAAAGUGGCCGGAAUGGAGUGUGUGGAUGUUACUGUGGGCAGUGCAUUGGAUAUUUUUGGGGGAAACUUAGCUUAUAAAGAGGUUGUAGCUUGGCAUACCCGGCAAAAGGCCUCUGUAGUUUAAUUACUAUGAUUUAGACUCGUUAGGGCGGGGACUUCCGCGCAAGGAUUUGUUUAAUUGUUUUUCUAGGUGUAACCAUGUAUCGGGUAAGUUUUGUAUCAAUCUUUUUAUGAUUGUAGCAUUUGCCCUAAUCAUUAACUUGUCCUGUGAUUCUGACGUGAUUAUUAGCUGCCACUAUACUUAUUUGCAUCUUUGUAAUUUACAUGUAAGACAAUGCAUAUAUAU